GCGAGGCCGGCGCUGGGAGGGAGGCGCGUCAGAGAGUCGCCCCGGCCCUGCCCGGGCCAGCGGCCUCGGCGGGAGGGACCGAGGCAGGAAGUCCCGAGGACAGGGACGCCCCGUUGGGAAGCCUGGACACUGGAAGCCGAGGACAAGCCAUCGUGGCGGGAGAGGAGUCAGGCAGGGACCAGACGCUGCAUGCGGGACCCCGGGACAUAAAGUUAGGUUCUUAGCCUCAGCUCUGACUUGCUCCUGAAGGACCCUGUGACCAUCGGGAUAGUAGAGUCCUCCUUGCCUAUGACAUGCAGUUAUCACAGCAGUUGGAUCUGUUUCCUGAAUGCAGAGUGACCCUUCUGUUAUUUAAAGAUGUGAAAAAUGCAGGAGACCUGAGAAAAAAGGCCAUGGAAGGAUUUAUCAAUGGGUCAUUGAUAAACCCUAGUGUGAUUGUCGACCCAUUUCAGAUACUUGUGGCUGCGAACAAAGCCGUUCAUCUGCACAAAUUGGGAAAAAUGAAGACAAGAACUCUGUCUACUGAAAUUAUCUUCAACCUCUCCCCAAAUAAUAACAUUUCAGAGGCUUUGAAGAAAUUCGGUACCUCAGAAAGUGAUACUUCCGUUCUGAUCGUUUACAUUGAAGAGGGAGGAAAACAGAUACACCAAGAACACCUGAUAUCUCAAGUGGAAGGCCAGCAGGUGCCUUUGGAAAGCCUUCCAGAAAUAACAAAGCUCGCAGAAGUCAAAAAGAUAUAUAAACUGUCAUCACAAGAAGAGAGUAUUGGGACGUUAUUGGAUGGUAUCAUUUGUAGAAUGUCAACCAAGGAUGUUUUAUAAGUUGCCUGAAGUAUCAACAGAAAAUCUCCAAGUUAAUCACUAGCUGUUCUUUCCUGGUUAUAAAAUUAACAUACUCAUUGCUGGAAAAGGGAAAAGAAACUACCACCAGCCCUGCUUUCUUUUCCCUUCUUAAAGACACCCGUCUCUGGGUUUGCCACUGUCUCCUUAUCUUCUCUUUGUUUCAGUACGUUUUAUUUUUAUACACUUGGAAUAAAAAGUUCAAGCACCCAG